AUGAGUAUGUAUGAAUUGAGCGAGAGCACGCUGAAGUUUCUCUUUCUUGGCCCCCUUCAAUUCUUAAUCCCCGCCACUCUCCUGAUCACCACAUCCAAGAAAUCCUUUCUACGCUAUGUCCCGAUCCCCUUUAUGGUGUGGGCUGCCAGCCAGUUCAUGAAUCCGGUCCUCGAGACGAAUUAUGUGUGGGCCAACUGCGUGGGCAUGAUAUCCAUCGCAGCUUUCCAAGCCAUCAACCUCUUACUCCUCAACCCUAUGGACAACUCCGAUUUGUGCCAUGGCCUCGCAUUGCAAUUGAAGAGCUUUGGCACUCGUGUAUACCGUGCAUCCCGCCUGCUCUUACCAACUCGCGCGCCAAACACACCCUGGCAAGCAAAGAAUACCCCGUCUCAUCCAGAGUAUUUUGCCCGGAGGGGCAUGGAGAUUCCUCCCCGUGCUCGCUUCUUGCUAAGACAGCUGACCAUUGCUGGCUGGCAAUACUUGGUCCUUGAUCUCAUCCAUACACUUACGUUUCAGAAGGUCGCUGAGCAGGAGAAUACACAGCCGAAUCCAGAACUCGGUGUCUUGGGAAUUGACUGGGCGAAAUGGACCGAGCAAACCAUCUCCAGCACAGUUGCGUGGUUCAUCGUGACCAGAACCGUGGUUGAUGUCUACUAUCGCUUCACCUCGAUCUUCUUCGUGGGAUUGGGAAUCGACUCUCCGUUGGACUUCCCUCCGGCAUUUGGAAGAAUGGCGGAUGCAUAUACACUGCGCGGAUUCUGGGGAAAGUUCUGGCACCAGUUCCAUCGACGACUCUUCAGCGCCCUGAGCUGUUUCUUUACCCGCAAGGUCCUCAGUCUCCCGCGGCCAUCGAUCUUGGAGCGCUACACGAAUAUCUUCGUAGUCUUUUUCUGCUCGGGCGCUUUGCAUCUGUUUCUCGAUGUUGCGCAGGCAGUGCCCGCGCGCGACUCGGGUGCAAUGCUGUUUCUGUGCUCAUUUCCGCUAGGAAUCAUGAUUGAAGAUGGCGUGCAAGCCCUCUGGCGAGGAAAAAGGGCCUUUGAAGACAAAGGGGAUCCGCCGCUAUGGCGACGAAUCCUCGGCUUUGCGUGGGUGGUGUUGUGGCUGGGGGUCACUUCGCCGUGGUACUUUGAGCCGAUAUCGCGGCGGCCCAAGGCUGUUCCUUUGGUUCCUUUUAGCAUUGUGGGUCAGAUUGGUUUGUCUGCUGUGGCGGCAAUCGUUCUGAUUGGAGGUGUUGCUUUGAAGCUUGUGUUUGAAGUCGAGGUGUAA